UCAUCAGGUCCUGGCCUAGGAUUCGCUGCCGACACCCGGCGAUUGUUGGGGAAAGCUGACAGGGGAGAAACCUGUGUAUGCUGCUUUGUAUUUCUCUGCAUAGCAGAGAAAUACAAAGCAGCAGGUAUACAUGGUAAAACAGCACACAUAGUGAAACACACACAGUUUAACCCUUUGAUCGCCUCAGAUGUUAAGCCCUUCCUGCCCAGUGUCAUUAGUACAGUAUCAAUGCUUUUUAUUAGCACUGAUCACUGUAUUAGUGUCACUGGGGAUGUCAGUGGCAGUUAGUCAGUUCCCACUCAGUGUCAGAAUGCCCGCCGCAGUCCCGCCAUUA